ACUCGGCGGGGAACGAAUAAUUUCAUGCAGAUUUUUUGCCGAGUUUGAUACUGAAAUAAAAUAAAUUUAUUUUUUACACUUUAUCAUCUCUAUUUAUAUCACUUAUAAAUUACCACUUGUCACUGGAUUUCGAAAAUGGGUGCAAGACGAUCGGCUAUGCUGCUUGCAAAUCAGUUUAUUAAUUUCAAGUCAUCACACUUAUCGCUACCAUCAUCUUUAAAACCACAGCAAUUUUUAGCGAUGGGGACAACGGUUUUGUCCAGAGGUGUGAAAACGACAAGCACAAUUCAUCCCGAACCGGUACAUCAAGAUGACGAAAAGGUCUUGGAGAAAGUGCUCAAGGAGCGAGAAAAUUCAGAGGAUUUGCCAGAAUCAAUGAUGGCAAAUCCAUACGAAAGACCAAGAAAGAUUUGCAUUUUAUGUAAGCACGGGAUAGAACCAAACUAUAAAAACGUACGACUUCUCUACCAAUUUGUUUCGCCAUACACUGGAAAAGUUUACGGAAGACAUAUCACCGGACUUUGCAAAGAUAAGCAGGAGAAAAUGGAAGUUCAAGCAAUUGUAGCCAGCAAUUUAGGACUCAUGAGCAACUAUUUGAAGGAACCAGAAUUCUUAAAGGACCCAAAAUUAUGUGACCCAGAUCGUCCUCUCAGGCCUCACAACUAUUAGUAUGUUAAUGAGUAGUAUCCUAGUCGUAUGUACUAAUUUUUACAAUGACGCAAAUUUUUUGUUGGUAUCAUUUAAAAUUUUCUUUCUUCAAAAAACUUGUCUGUUAUAAAUUAUCAUUACUGUUUAAAUCGGCAAUAAAAUAUACAUGAUGUUGUACCAAUAAU